UUAUCAUGAAAUGAGGACUGGAGCUAGAAAAUGAAGCUCAUUGUGAUAUGUCUAAUAUUUCUAUUGGGACUUGGAUGCACAGCUGCCAUAGACAGAAUAUAUUAUAUUGGCAUCAGGGAAACAAAUUGGGAUUAUGCACCUACUGGGAGGAACAUUAUUUCUGGAAAGUCAAUAGAUGAUGAUGAACACGCAGGCACGUUUUUAUUGCGUGAUAAAAACAGAAUAGGCAGGAUAUAUAAGAAAGCGGUUUAUCUUCAAUACACUGAUGACUCCUAUACAGAAGAAAUAAAAAAGCCAAAUUGGCUGGGAUUUCUAGGUCCUAUUAUGAGAGCAGAAGUUGGAGAUACAAUCACUGUUCAUCUUAAAAACUUUGCAACAAGACCGUACAGUUUGCACCCGCAUGGAGUCCAGUACACAAAGGCUAAUGAAGGAGCACUGUACCCCGACAACAACCCAGAUGCACUUAAGAAAGAUGACGCUGUUAAGCCAGGAGAAUCCUUCACAUAUAAGUGGGAUGUAGUGAUGGAUCAAGGACCAACGCAGAAAGAUGAACCUUGCAUAACGAGAGUGUAUCAUUCACAUGUCGAUGGUCCAAAAGAUGUUUAUUCUGGCCUUGUUGGGCCCUUAAUCAUCUGCAAAGAAGGUCUGAUAGAUGAAGCGAAGAAUAAAGGGUAUAAUGAGUUCAUCUUGAUGUUUUCCGUGGUCGACGAAAAUCUAAGUUGGUAUCUGGAUGAAAAUAUCAAUACUUUUUUAUCUGAGCCAGCCUCCCUGGAUAAAGACGAUGAGGAGUUUCAAGAGAGCAACAAAAUGCAUUCGAUCAAUGGGUACAUGUAUGGAAACCUCCCUGGUCUUUCUAUGUGCAAUGAUAGGAAAGUUAAAUGGUACAUGUUCGGUAUGGGGAAUGAAGUCGAUAUCCACUCAGCGUACUUUCAUGGACAAGUUUUGACACAUCAGCAUUACCGCGUGGAUACCAUUAAUCUGUUUCCCGCCACCAUGGUUCAAGGGGAAAUGGUAACAAACAAUGUUGGAAAGUGGCUUCUCAGCUGCCAAGUUAACGACCACUUAGAAGGUGGAAUGCAAGCAAUUUAUGAAGUGACAAACUGCACAAAAACAGCAAAAUCAAGCUGUAAAUUUAUGUCAAAGGAAAGACAUUAUUACAUUGCGGCAGAAGAGGUUAUCUGGAACUAUGGUCCAACGCUAACAAAUCAAUUUACAGGAGAGAAAUUAGAUACUCCUGAGAGUGAAUCAGCCCCGUUUUUUGAGCAAAAUGAUGUACGAAUUGGCGGUUCGUACAAGAAGGCAGUUUAUGUGGAGUACACAGACUCAACAUUCACAAAGCGGAAAGAAAGGUCGAAGGAAGAAGAACACCUUGGAAUUCUUGGACCAGUCAUCUUGGCACAAGUGGGAGAUGUUGUCAAAGUGACAUUUAAGAAUAAUGCGAGUCGACCAUACAGUAUCCAGGCUCACGGAGUAAGCUACACCAAAGACAUGGAAGGUGCAUUAUACAGAACGGGCAGUCAUACCGAAGAUCCAGACGUUAUAACAUCUGCUUCCCAUGUGGCUCCUGGGGAUACGUUCACGUAUGAGUGGGAUAUACCACAGAGUUUUGGCUCCACCAUACACGACCGAAAUUGCUUGCCGUGGCUUUAUUUCUCGGCUGUCGAUGUUGUUAAAGAUACCAAUUCUGGUCUUGUGGGUCCUCUGUUAGUGUGCAAAAGUUUGAUUAACGACAAACAGUGGGGCAUACAGCACAAUUUCUUCAUGCUGGCCACUGUAUUUGAUGAAAACAAAAGCUGGUAUUUGGAUGAAAAUAUAGAAUUAUUUACAGGCACCCCUGAAAAUGUGACCAAAGAAGAUGAGGAUUUUCAGGAGUCAAACAUGAUGCAUUCUAUCAAUGGAUAUAUGUAUGGAAAUCAGCCCGGCCUGGAUAUGUGCAAAGGAGACUCCGUUCUGUGGCAUGUGAUGGGGAUUGGGUCAGAGGUUGACAUGCAUGGAAUCCACUUCUCUGGAAACACCAUUGUCGAUCAUGACGCAAGAAGAGAUACGGCAAGUGUAUUCCCUCACAUCUCUUACACAGUUGCCAUGAACCCUGACAGUAAAGGUGUCUUCGAUGUGGAAUGUCUCACCACGGACCAUUAUACAGGAGGCAUGAAGCAGCAUUACAGGGUUAAUGCUUGUGGCUGGGAGAAGCCGGAAUUUUCAUUUUCACGUACAAACACCUAUUUCAUUGCGGCAGAAGAAGUAGAAUGGGAUUAUUCUCCAAACCGCACCUGGGAACAUGAAAGACACCUGCAUCACGCUGAAAGUCCAGCUGAUAUAUUUUUAAACAAAAAUGGUAAAUUUAUUGGUUCGAAAUAUAAGAAAGCAGUAUACCGGGAAUAUACAGACAACACCUUUACAAAACCCAAAGAAAGAAGUGCGGAAGAAGAACAUUUGGGAAUAUUAGGUCCAGUUUUAAAGGCAAAUGUAGGAGAAAAAAUUAAAAUAAUCUUUAAGAACAAAGCAAGCAGGCCUUAUUCAAUUUAUGCACACGGGAUAAAACCAUACGGAAACACAACACCAGCAGAACCAGGCCAAGUACAGAUCUAUACGUGGAAAGUACCUGAACGAUCGGGACCCAUCACAAGAGGGGAUGCAGACUGUAUAACAUGGGUUUAUUAUUCAAAUGUGAAUCGCAUUAAGGAUACUUAUAGUGGAUUGGUUGGGCCACUUGUGAUUUGCAAAAAAACUUUAUUGCCACUUAAGAUACUUGAAAAAACAAAACCACGUUUUAAUCUCCUUUUUAUGAUUUUUGAUGAAAAUGAGUCCUGGUAUUUGGAUGAAAAUAUCCAAGAACAUUCCCUGGAUCAAAAUGUUGACAAAGAAGAUGAAGAUUUUAUUGAGAGCAACAAAAUGCAUGCCAUAAAUGGAAAAAUGUAUGCAAACUUACACGGUCUGACUAUGAGAGUCGGAGACAAUGUCAUCUGGCACCUGAUCGGACUCGGAAAUGAAGUGGAUUUACAUACGGUGCAUUUCCAUGCGCACAGCUUUCAAUAUCAGCGAGGCGGGACGUAUCAGUCUGAUGUCUUUGAUCUUUUCCCUGGGACGUUUCAAACCGUUGAGAUGGUUGCCCGUGUUCCUGGUACUUGGCUGCUGCACUGUCACGUAACCGAUCACAUCCACGCAGGAAUGGAGACGCUGUAUACUGUACUGGAAAAAAAGGAAACCCUCCUGGACAAAUUUAAGAAACACUUACCUGGACAUUAACAUUCCAAUAAAUAAAUGUAUUAUUGUACUAUGGAAAACCCACAAUUACAAUAAAAAUAU